AUGAUAAAUGAUCCAAAUGAAUUGGAGAUAGUGUUAUAUGAGGAGGGAUGGGAACAUGCUGGUAGCAAAAAGAAAAGAUCAUCCGGCAAAAGAUCUAAAAAAGAAAAAAAAGCAAAGACUAAUCAUGUAACCAAAGAGGUAGAGCAAACUAUCACACAAAACAGCUUUGAUGAAUUAUUGGAAGAGGGGAUUAAAGACAAGGAUGAGGAAGAGUUACAAGAGGAAAUCAAUGAGGACAAACAGGAACCAAAACAAGAUAAUGAUGAUGAAUGGGCUGAAGUUACAUCAACAGAGGAAGAAAACACCUCAGAUGAAUCUGAAGAAGAAGAUGAGGAUGAAAGUGAGGAAGAUGAGAAAGAGGAGAGUGAGGAAGAAGAGAAGUUAAUAAAGGAUCUCAAGAGUAAGAAAGAACAGUCUGGUUCAAAGAAAGUUACAGUUGAGAAAAUGCCUCCAGGAGGUAUGAAAGGGAAAAUGGAGGGUGAGCAAAACAAGAGGAAUAUUAGCGCAAAAAAUCAAAAGAAGGAUCCCCAAAAAGCUUUCAAACAGAAUAUUAAUGUUUAA